AGUUACGGUUUUCUAGUUGAACGGUUCGGUCGGAAAUCUAAAACCUAAAGGAAUAGUCCGCGCCCAGCUGACUGCAACUGCAAUUACCCUCGCAUCAGCGCAUGGACCGAUCGGAAGCGGAAAGUCCCCGUCAAUUAAGAUGUUGAAUCUGAAAAUAGACACCCUGCCCGAGCCGGGCAACCGCUAUCAGCUCGGGGAGGUUAUUGGGACGGGAGUUUGUGCCAAGGUGUACAAAGCGAUCGAUACCAAGGCGAGCAACAAGAACGUGGCCGUCAAGAUCCAGAAGUACGAGGCGGAGCUGAAGACGGCCAUUCAGGAGGAGUACCGCAUUCUGCGAGAUUUCUCCAACCAUGGAAACCUGUUGGAUUUUUACGGGGUGUAUAGAAAGCGGGUUCCUGGUGAUGCAGAUGAGAUUUGGUUUAUACUGGAAUACUGUGACCACGGCCCAGUGAUUGAUGUGAUCAGAAAGAUCCAUGCAUCCAAUCGCCGAGUGUCUGAGGAACAACUUGCUUACAUCCUACGGGAAACGGCCAAGGCGGCAGUGUACCUACACGAGAACCACGUGAUCCAUCGAGACAUUCGAGGAAGCAACAUACUGCUGAGUAAGGAAGGAGAGGUCAAGUUGUGUGACUUUGGUUUAUCACGAGACAACAAAUCUACGCUGGGUAAACGUGGAACCUGCAUUGGGUCACCGAACUGGAUGGCUCCGGAGGUCAUCAGCAGUUCUAAGAACGAGGACGAAGUCUACGACAACAGAUCGGACGUCUGGGCUCUUGGAAUAACUGCGAUCGAGCUUGGUGAUGGUAAACCUCCGUUCGGAGAUAUGCAUCCCACUAGAACCAUGUUCCAGAUCGUACGCAAUCCACCACCUACGUUAUACAGACCGGCAAAUUGGUCCCAGAACUACAACGACUUCAUUACGGAGUGCUUGGAGAAGAAUCCCGAUCAUCGUCCUUUCAUGAUGGAGAUCAUGGAACAUCCAUUCCUAACGGAACUACCGGAAAAUGAUUAUCACAUCAGUCAAGAACUCAAGAUGCUCGCCGACUCGGUCGGUCACGUCCAUGUCCCGAAAAAGGAAGAAUUCAAACUGAUCAAGGGAGCACUGAAGGCGGCCGAAAACAAGACGGAAAAGAUGUUCGUUGAGGAUUUGGCUGCUCUGGAAACCGUCUCGGAGGAAUCUAUUUUGGAAGAGCUGAUCCAACGCUACAAGAACGGGUCAACGUAUACUUUUGUAGGGGAUGUGCUGAUUUCCAUGAAUGCCAACCAACCUCCGCCGGAGUAUGUUCGUGGGUUUCACACCAAGUACAUGUGCAAAUCCCGCUCGGACAACGCGCCGCAUAUCUUCGCCAUUGCUGACAGUGCCUUCCAGGACAUGCUGCACCAUGAGGAACCCCAACACAUCAUUAUGUCCGGCGAAAGCUACUCCGGCAAAACGACCAACGUAAAGAUGUGCAUGAAGCAUCUGGCCAUCCUGGGCGAAGGCAAUCCCGGAGUGCAGCAACGAAUCGAAUCCGGCUAUAAGGUCCUAUCGGCCCUGGUCAACGCCGGAACGCCGCUGAAUUCGGACUCGACUCGAAGCAUCGUACAAACUCAGCUGACGUUCGGAUCGACCGGCAAACUGUCCGGUGCCAUUUUCUGGGUGUACUUGCUGGAAAAGCUCCGGAUUUCGUCCACCAAUAUGAACCAAUCGAACUUUCACAUAUUCUACUACUUCUACGACGCAAUGGACGCAAAGGGACGGCUGCGUGAUUUCUCGCUGGUAAGGGGCCGUCACUAUCGUUACCUGCGCAUACCGGAGUCGACCGGCGGAAGUAAGCUUCGCUACUGUCGUGACGACGUAACGGGUAACAUACAGGCUUUCAAUGAGCUCGAACAGUUACUGCUGGAACUGGAGCUUACACCGGAACUGCUCGAAACGGUUUACCGUACGCUGGCGGCUGUUCUUCUGCUGGGGGAGGUGCGCUUCCGAGAUCACGAAGGGGUAACCGAACUAGAGGAUUUUGAGGUUGCUACCAAGGUAGCAGCGUUGCUCAAACUUGAUGAGAAAAAGUUCCAGUGGGCACUGCUGAAUUAUUGUGUGAUUAUUCGUGGUUCGGCUGAGCGGAGGAGACAUACCGCCGAUGAGGCCAGGGAUGCGAGAGAUGUGCUGGCGGCGACUAUUUACACACGACUGGUGGAUUGGCUGAUCAAUACAAUCAAUCAUAAGAUGUCGUUCGGGCGGGCCAUCUAUGGAGACCAGCAUUCCAUCACUAUAACGGAUCAUUUUGGCUUUGAGUGUUUCCAUCGGAACCACCUCGAUCAGCUAGUGGUGAACUCACUGAAUGAGCAGAUGCAGUAUUUAUAUAAUCAGCGAAAUUUUGUUUACGAAAUGAUUGAACAGGAAGAGGAACAAAUCCCGGUUGUCCAGUUACACUUUUACGACAACAAGCUAGCGGUGGACCAUCUGAUGAACAAACCGAAAGGCUUAUUCAGCUUCAUCGAUGACGCCAGUCGAGGUCGCCACGGUCAGAACUACAUUAUCGAUUCCAUCCACACCAACAAUAGCCCCUUCAUAAAACGAGCCAGCGGCCAUGAGUUCAGUAUCGCUCACUACACGGGACGUAUCACAUAUGACGCCCGGGGCAUGGCCGACAAGAAUCGAGACUUUAUCCCACCGGAGAUGAUUGAAACGCUGCGGAACUCCGGUGAACCCGUGGUUACGAUCAUGUUCUCGAACCCACUGUCGAGGACCGGGAAUCUGACGAUGGCAGCCGAGGAAGCCCUGGGCAAACAAACGCAAAAGCCCAACAAGAAGAAACGCUGGGGAGCGGCCUUGGUAGCCGAGAAGAGCAAAGCCAAGAAAAUGAUGAACACUUUGUCCCGGGGUCAGUACUCGCAGGUUCACAAGAUGCGCACGAUAGCCAACGUGUACCGGGCUACUUGUUUGGAGUUGAUUCGCACACUGGCCAUCGGACCGAACAGUGGCGGGACGCAUUUCGUUCGGUGUAUUAGGUCUGACCUGGAGUACCAACCGAAUGGGUUAUCCAAGGAAAUGGUUCGACAACAGGUCCGGGCGAUGGCCGUACUGGAUACGGUUAAAGCUCGACAGAAAGGGUUUUCGCAUAGGAUCCCGUUCCAGGAGUUUCUGCGUCGGUAUCAGUUCUUGGCUUUCGAGUUCGAUGAAAAUGUCGAGAUGACGAGAGAUAACUGUCGGUUGCUGUUGAUUCGGCUGAAGCUGGAAGGAUGGGUCAUUGGAAAAACGAAGGUGUUCCUGAAGUACUACAACGUGGAGUACUUGUCACACUUGUACGAGACGCAGGUUAAAAAGAUCAUCAAGGUUCAAGCGAUGAUGCGAGCGUUCCUUGCGAAGCGAAACAUCGCUUCAAAGCUGAAGAAUCUUCACAGAGCAUCAGCUCGAAAGCGGCAGACAGCCGAAAAUCCGGAUAAAGCAGCCUUGAGGAUUCAAACUGCGUUUCGAGGACAUAUUGCCAGGAAAAAGUAUUGUCCGCUGAUAAAUGAACGCACUGGGAAACUGGACAGUGAAACGGCGGAGUUUUUGAAACCUUUCGCCUAUCGUUGGAGAAAGAAAUCGAUGUAUCAAAUAUUGCUACAGUAUCGUGCCGCCCGUUACCAGGAUCUGGUUAACUUCUCGCAACAGGUUCAUAUCUACAAUCAACGAGUUGUAGCGGGCACUACAACUUGUAGCAACUGUAUUCUAUUAGAUAAAAUCGAUCCAUCACAACGAAACCGGGCAAUACUUGGACCGAUUCGUCCAACAGUUUGGAAACUACGCUUUAGAUGGGAUGAAAUUCCGUUCUUCGAUACUACGUACAUGUGCGACCCGUCAGCUGCAUCCUACAUGUACACAGGAAAUGAUUCUGACACCGAAGACUGGGAUGCUCCAUUGCGGCGAAGGAAGAACCUGUCGUCAGAAAUCACCAGAUCCGCGCAACGUGGCAAUCCCAACGAUCAGAUGGACUACGGCAUGGCCAAUGAACCAUUUCAUCGAGACCCCAGUUUACCGAUUAGGAAACUAUCGCCUCGACACAACGCCGACUACCCGGUUCGGAAAUCUCCGGUCCACGUUCCGGUGAACAUGUCUUCGGUUUACUCUCCGGUUCCGUAUGCUCGCCAAAGCAUCGACGACAUUCGUAACAAGUUCGACGCAACGACCAUCGAGGACCCAAUGCUAAAAUCAGCUGUCUACAAGAAACGUCCGGCACCGAAGGCCCCGAUCAUGAUGGAUAAGGAACCGUCUCCGCCGAUCGAAAACAGAAACUACAAGAAGCGUCCUGCUCCACAGCCAACCAGACAGUGGGAGCCCAGGUCCGGUGCGGAAUACAGCUACGAACCGAGAGUUACCCCUAGCAAGGUCAACCCCAUAAAGGAAAUGCAGUUGAUAGGAAGGAAGAACAGCGCCGAUGAGAACGAUAACAUGGAUGACGAACCACCUUUCAACUUCCAAGGUAUGCUACGUAAAACCAACUACAACCGAGCCUCGAUGAAACGCGCGAAUGACAACCAACGGAUGUCCCUAUCCAACAUUGACUUUGACGAUUCGAACAACAACAACAACUCGUACAUGGACAGUUUCAACCGGUCAGAUUCCAACGUGGUCUAUCAGAGUAAAUUCGGCGAUAACCGCCCCAAAUCCUGUGGGGGCUUGGAUAAUGACAACAACGGAACAACCUCGCCGAUGCCACGGAAAUACUCGCUGUCGCACGAUGCGAUGAUGAGCAACGAAGGUGCCGCCGCCGCCGCCGCCGCUGUUGCUGGGCCGUCCCGUAGCCGUUCGUCAACUCCGUUCGAUGAGAACAAAAACAACUAUAUCCAGGAGGAAAUCGCUCCGGGGAUAUUCAUGGAGGGGUACGUUGAGGAUAUCUAGGGAUAGGUGUUCCUCUAAGUCCGUUUUAACUGUUGAUUGAUUCUAUUCUGCAAGAUUAAAGCUCCUUAUGUGUUUCA